AUGCCCCCCUCCCCGGCGGCCGCGGCCGCCUCCGGCACCUCCCACCUCGCGCUCCUCCUCCUGCUCUCCUCCUCCUCCCUCUUCUUCCUCUACAAGUCCAUCACCCUCCGCCGCCUCCGCCGCACCCUACGCCCCUCCCCAUCCCCAUCCUCCUCCCCCGCCCCCGCCGCCGCCGCCGCCCCGACCCUCCUCUACGCCUCGGCCACGGGCACCUCCAAGGCCCUCGCGGCGCGCCUCUCGGCCCGCCUCGCGGACGCCGGGCUGCCCGCCCGCGCCACCGACGCCGCCGCCUUCGACCCGGACGACCUGCCCUCGGUCCCGCUGCUCCUCCUCGUCCUCCCCACGCACGACGCCGGGGCGCCCCCGCCCGGCGCCGCCUUCCUCGCGCGCUGGCUCGCGGAGACCGCCGCCGACUUCCGCGCCGGGGCGCUGCUCCUCUCGGGCCUCCGCUUCGCCGUCUUCGGCGUCGGCUCCCGCGCCUACGGCGACACCUUCAACGCCGCCGCCAGGAGCUUCUCGCGCUGGCUCCGCGCGCUCGGGGCCGUCGAGGUGCUGCCCGUCGGGGAGGGCGACGUGGAUGAGGGGGACCUCGAUGACGUCUUCGAGGAGUGGUGCGGGAGGGUGCUCAGGGUGGUCAAAGGGGAGGAGGUUGAGGAGGACGGAGUCGAUGGAGAGACCAAUGGGUUUGAUGGGCUGGAAGGGGAGGAGUCCGAUUAUGAUGACGAUGAUGAGGAGGAAGAGGAGGAGGAGGUGGCUAGUGGGGAGGUUGACAUGGAAGACAUUGCCGGCAAGGCGACAGCAAAGAAGCAGAAUGGGAAGGUGGAGGGUGCUUUGCCCAAUGGAGGGCAGAACGGCGCGAGGGCCAUGGUCACGCCCAUAAUCAGGGCGAGCUUGGAGAAACAAGGCUACAAAAUUGUUGGUUCUCAUAGUGGGGUGAAGAUUUGUAGAUGGACGAAGUCACAGCUUCGAGGUCGGGGAGGGUGUUACAAGCACUCAUUUUAUGGCAUAGAAAGCCACAGAUGCAUGGAGGCAACUCCAAGUUUGGCUUGUGCAAAUAAGUGUGUGUUCUGUUGGAGGCAUCACACAAAUCCUGUUGGGAAGAGUUGGAAGUGGAAGAUGGACGAUCCUCUUGACAUUGUUAAUACUGCAAUUGACGAACACAGGAAGAUGGUUAAGCAAAUGAAAGGCGUGCCAGGAGUAAAGCCAGAGCGACUAGCAGAGGGUCUAUCCCCUAGACAUUGUGCAUUAUCUCUUGUUGGCGAACCAAUUAUGUACCCAGAGAUAAAUACUCUGGUUGAUGACCUACAUCGCAGACACAUAUCUACGUUUCUGGUUACAAAUGCUCAAUUUCCUGAAAAGAUUAAGGCUCUGAAACCUAUCACCCAGCUGUAUGUCAGUGUGGAUGCAGCUACAAAAGAAAGCCUGAAGGCUGUUGAUAGGCCACUCUUUUCGGACUUCUGGGAGCGUUUUCUGGAUUCGCUCAAGUCCCUGCAUGACAAAGAUCAAAGGACGGUGUACCGACUGACACUGGUCAAAGGCUGGAAUGUGGAAGAGAUAGAUGCAUAUGCAAACUUACUAAAACUUGGACAACCUGAUUUCAUUGAAAUCAAGGGUGUAACAUACUGUGGCUCGUCAGCAACUUCAAAGUUGACAAUGGAAAAUGUCCCCUGGCACGCUGAUGUAAAAGAAUUCUCUGAGGUGUUGGCAUCAAAAAGUGGUGGCAUAUAUGAAUUAGCCUGCGAGCAUGUGCAUUCAUGCUGUGUCCUGCUCGCAAAGGUGGACAAGUUCAAGAUCAAUGGAAAAUGGCAUACCUGGAUAGAUUACGACCGAUUCAAUGAACUGGUGACAUCUGGCAAGCCUUUCAAGAGCAGUGAUUACAUGGCCGUGACACCUUCUUGGGCCGUCUAUGGCGCAGACGAAGGCGGCUUUGACCCAGAUCAAGCUCGCUUCAAGAAGGAAAGGCGCCAUGGAGCUGCAGCACUCAAAGGCUAA